AUCAUCUGUGAUUUGUCAUUUUGGCAUUUCAUUUUCAGAAUUUCUGACAAAAAUUUCUUGUUCAAAGUUAAUAUUUUUUCCUGAAUAAAUGGCUCAAGUAGCUAGAGACGGUUUAAAACAGGUUAGACCAAUAUUAUCAUUGGAUAGAGAUGAAGCUAGAAAGCGUGUUUUAAAUUUAUACAAAGCUUGGUAUCGGCAAUUGCCCUAUAUAGUUCGCCAGUAUGAUAUACCUAAAAAUGUUAAUGACUGUAGGAAUAAACUACGUGAAGAAUUUACUAAGCACAAAGAUAUUAGAGAUAUCAGAAUAAUUGAUAUGUUAGUAAUUAAGGGUCAAAUGGAGUUAAAAGAAACAGUUAAUAUUUGGAAGCAAAAGGGUCAUAUUAUGUCUUACUUUAAAGAAACGAUUGAACCUAAACCAACCGAUUUUCUAUCAAAGUUUUUAACUAGUAAAGAUUAAGUUUUUAAGUUUAAAAAAUUAGUGAAAAUGUAGAUUUUAUCAUUUGUAAAUAAAAUAGAAAUAAACCUAUUAAAACAA